CUCAGCUCAGCUCAAAAAGAGAAUGGAGAUGAUGAUGAUGCCAUGCCAUGACGAUUUCUAAUUUUUCUGUUCUGUUCUGUUCUGUUGAACACUGACGCGAGUUCGUAGAAGUUGUGUCGUGUCGCCGCGCCGCGAGUGUUGUUAUGGUGUUUAGUGAGUGAAAUGAUAAAUGAGCUGCCUUCAUAAAAUUUUAUAAAUAAUUGGCGUUCCUGUGGUAAACCUUAAAAUAUUUACAGUAGCCUAGUUAGUUUGUCAGUAAAAAAAUUCAAAAUGUUUAGUUGGCUCAAUAAGGACGAUAAAAAUCGACCAGAACUUUUUGAUAAUGUAACAGAAGGACUCAAAAAGAUCUAUAGGACUAAACUGUUACCAUUAGAAGAGGCUUAUCAGUUUCAUGAUUUUCAUUCCCCCAAGUUAGACGAUCCCGAUUUCGAUGCAAAGCCUAUGAUAUUGCUUGUCGGGCAAUAUUCGACUGGUAAAACCACAUUUAUAAAGUAUUUGCUAGAACGUGACUUCCCUGGAAUAAGGAUAGGGCCAGAACCAACUACUGACAGGUUUAUUGCUGUUAUGUAUGAUGAGAAAGAGGGUGUUAUCCCAGGAAAUGCCUUAGUUGUAGACCCUAAGAAACAAUUCAAACCCCUAGCUAAAUUUGGAAAUGCAUUUCUAAACCGUUUCCAAUGUUCCCUUGUAAGUUCUCCUGUACUUAAAGGAAUUUCCAUUGUCGAUACCCCAGGUAUUUUAUCUGGUGAAAAGCAAAGAGUGGAUCGUGGGUAUGACUUCACUGGUGUUCUUGAAUGGUUUGCGGAAAGAGUUGAUAGGAUCAUUCUGUUGUUUGAUGCGCACAAAUUGGACAUAUCUGAUGAGUUCAGAAGAUCAAUUGAAGCCCUAAGAGGUCAUGACGACAAAAUCAGAAUUGUUUUGAACAAAGCGGACAUGAUUGACCACCAACAGCUUAUGAGGGUUUAUGGUGCCUUAAUGUGGUCUCUAGGGAAAGUUCUUCAAACUCCAGAAGUUGCUAGAGUGUACAUUGGAUCAUUUUGGGACCAGCCUCUGAGAUACGAUGGGAACAGAAGAUUGUUUGAAGAUGAAGAACAGGACUUGUUCAAAGACAUGCAGUCACUGCCUCGCAACGCAGCUCUGCGUAAACUCAACGACCUUAUCAAGAGAGCGCGACUAGCCAAGGUCCACGCCUACAUCAUCAGUGCACUACGGAAGGAAAUGCCCUCCAUGUUUGGAAAGGACGGUAAGAAAAAGGACCUGAUCAAGAACUUGGGAACAAUCUACGAGCAGAUUCAGCGGGAACAUUCUAUUUCUCCCGGGGACUUCCCAGAUAUCAAGAAAAUGCAGGAGGUUCUGAAUCACCAGGACUUCACCAAGUUCCAGCCACUGAAACCAAGGCUGCUGGAGGUGGUGGACAAGAUGUUGUCGGAGGAUAUCUCCAGACUGAUGUCUCAGAUUCCGCACGAAGACAGCACAUCCAAGGUGGAACCACUCAUCAAAGGUUCACCAGCGUCUUCCGCAUCGCACGGUUUGAUUACCAAAGGUACAGAAUCACUGAUCCAAAAUAAUCUGGACAACGGAGGUUUGGUCAAAGGAGGAGGUUUUGAGAUCGUUCAAGACGCAGCGACACCCUUCGGCUACAAGCGAGGGGAGGGGGUGGACGCAGGACACGGUGAUCCUGAGUGGAUCGUCAACAAAGAGCGUUACAAGUACGACGCUCUCUUUGACACGCUCAACCCUGUGGAUGGGAAAGUCACAGGCGCAGCUGCUAAAUCGGAGAUGGUCAAGUCGAAGCUGCCGAAUUCGGUUUUGGGGAAGAUUUGGAAACUGUCGGACGUCGACCAGGACGGGUUUUUGGACUCAGACGAGUUUGCGCUCGCGAUGCAUCUGAUCAACGUGAAACUGGACGGACACGACUUGCCACCAGAGUUGCCUCAACAUCUUGUGCCUCCGACAAAGCGGUCCGAGCUGUGAGGCACGGGCCUGUACUUCUACUGGCGACACUUCACGUAACAUCACGACACUUUGUGCAUAAUAAAUUAUUUUUGUAACUGUCCUAAAUGUCACAGCAUUGCAUUUUGCCAGCUUAGUCGAGCUUUCAGCCGAAAGACAUGUGUACAUAAAUUUAUUGCUUGAAAGUUUAUUUAUUAUUUAUUUUAGCGGUACGUUUGCUGAUAGCCUCAGCACAUCUGUUUAUUUGGUAUUAUUUUAGUGUGUAUCGGUAAUUUUACGUUAUGUUGGUUUAUUCAGUUAUUACCAGUGUUGUUUAUUCCAAAGUUUAUUGAUCAUUAUUUUAUUUAGUGUAAAUAAAGUUAUGAGACUGA